UGUAUAGGUUUCCCUGAGCUACAUAGAAGAUGUCCACCAUGGUGUAUCCUCGGGAGGAGAAGCUCGAGAAGCUCUCUCAGGAGGAGAUCAUCUCCAACACGAAGCUGGUGAUCCAGGGUCUUGAGGCCCUGAAGAACGAGCACAACUCCAUCCUCCACAGCCUCCUGGAGACCAUCAAGUGCCUAAAGAAGGAUGAAGAGGCCAACCUGGUGCACGAGAAGUCCAACCUGCUUCGCAAGUCAGUGGAGAUGAUUGAACUGGGCCUGGGAGAAGCACAGGUGAUGAUGGCCCUGUCCAACCACCUGAACGCGGUGGAGUCGGAGAAGCAGAAGCUGCGCGCGCAGGUGAGGAGGCUUUGCCAGGAAAACCAGUGGCUGCGGGACGAGCUGGCCAACACCCAGCAGAAGCUGCAGAAAAGCGAGCAGAGCGUGGCCCAGCUGGAGGAGGAGAAGAAGCACCUGGAGUUCAUGAACCAGCUCAAAAAAUACGAUGAAGAUGUCUCACCCACGCAGGAGGAGAAGGACCGAGAGACACCAAAGGACUCCCUGGACGACCUCUUCCCCAAUGACGAGGAGGAGCAUGGCCAAGGAAUGCAGCACCAACACAACAGUGCGGCCGUGGCUGCGGCCCAGCAGGGAGGCUACGAGAUCCCAGCCCGUCUGAGAACCCUGCACAACCUGGUGAUCCAGUAUGCCUCCCAGGGCAGAUACGAGGUGGCUGUCCCCCUCUGCAAGCAGGCUUUGGAGGACCUGGAGAAGACCUCUGGACACGACCAUCCUGACGUGGCCACCAUGCUCAACAUCCUGGCCUUGGUCUACAGGGAUCAGAACAAAUACAAAGAGGCCGCCCAUCUGCUCAACGACGCUCUGUCCAUCCGGGAGAAAACCCUGGGCAGAGACCAUCCCGCUGUUGCUGCAACACUGAACAACUUGGCCGUGCUGUAUGGGAAGAGGGGGAAGUACAAGGAGGCUGAGCCUCUGUGUAAGAGGGCCCUGGAGAUCAGAGAAAAGGUCCUGGGGAAGGACCACCCAGAUGUUGCCAAACAGCUGAACAACCUGGCCCUGCUUUGUCAGAACCAGGGCAAGUACGAGGAGGUGGAGUACUACUACUGCCGUGCCCUGGAGAUCUACGAGUGCAGGCUGGGCCCAGACGACGCCAAUGUGGCCAAAACCAAGAACAACCUGGCGUCCUGCUUUCUCAAACAGGGGAAAUACAAGGAGGCUGAGAUUCUGUACAAAGAGAUCCUGACUCGUGCUCAUGAGAAAGAGUUUGGAUCCGUUGAUGCGGAAAACAAGCCCAUCUGGAUGCAUGCAGAGGAAAGAGAGGAGAUGAGCAAGGGCAAGCACAGAGACAACACUCCAUAUGGGGAGUACGGAGGCUGGUACAAGGCCUGCAAAGUCAACAGCCCUACAGUGAACACCACCCUGAGGAACCUGGGGGCCCUGUACCGCCGACAGGGCAAGCUAGAGGCUGCUGAUACCCUUGAAGAGUGCGCUGUGAGGUCUCGCAAGCAGAGCAACACAGGCAUCGACCCCAUCCACCAGACACGUGUGGUGGAGAUCCUGAAGGAUACAGAGGGCGACAGGCGGAGGAGCAGGGACAGCCUGACCAGCGUUAAGUAUGAGAGCGGCUCUGAGACCGGCGAGGAAGUGAGUAUGGGCGUCGAGUGGAACGGGGCCUAAGCCAUCAAGAUUAUUCCUCCAUCCUUCUCUCCUUCCCCAACACAAUAGCAAAAGGAUGCGUGUUGUCGUUCUCCUCCCCCCACCCCCCCCACCCCCCGGCCUUCUCUGUCCCACCAAACCAACAGCUCCUCUACCAUUCCCGGUGCCCCCUCCGGCAGAGACUCAGAAAGCCCGCUCCUGGUUGUCACCUCUGUCCCAUGUUCAUCUGACAACUGCUGGGACGUUUGGUCUUCUCCCCUCUCUCUUUUCUUUCUCUCUCUCUCUCCUUUCCUCUCACUAACCCCCGUGUCGUCCACCAUUUUCAGACAUCGUUACGACUCUUUCUCUCACUUAACAUUAAAAAAAAAAAAAAGAAGUCAUCAUGUGUGUGAAAUCUUUUCCUGUGAGGAAGUCACUCGCACAUUUAUUCCUCUCUCCAACAGCCAUUUGUAAUUUUUCAUAGGUGCAUAGUAAAUUUAUUUGGCUAGAUAGUGGAGCAGGAAAAGUUAUUUAUUGAAAGAAAAACCGAAAUAAUUAAAGAUUUUGAGGAUUGGUGCCACCUUUUGACGGCAGCCUUGGCUCCAGACAUCACUCCCAACGCACAGUCCGAUAAAACGGUCACUAUGGAGUCUCAGUAUAUAACAAAAUAGUUCAUUUCCACUGUUGCUCUGCAUUGGUCUCACUCUGAAUAGUUGUCGCCUUCAGCACCCGCAGUCUGUUUCUACAACAAGUGAAAGUUGACUUCAAAGCUAGCUUCCAUACAGGUGCCUGUAUUUAGCCAUAAUAGUAACUUUGGGGGGGGGUAUUUUGUUUUAAUGUCUGUUUUUGUUGCCAUUACAUUUGUGUUUUGUUUUUAACCAAUGUGAGAAUGAGAUCAAACAUGCCUGAACAGUCUGGAAAGAAAUGGUACAGUGUAGUUUCACAUGCUAAUCAAAAUAUGUCAAUUCUUUUGAACUUCUGCGGCCUAGUUGGCGGGAACCGAGAAGGGAGCGUUGCUAUUUUUGUUUUUAUAGAUAUAUUUCCUUUUUUGAAUUUCAGUUUUUAUAUAGUUUUGUUUACAUUUUUUAAACAAUGAUUAUUUUGUGGCUGAAUAUUAAGGCAGUAGUUUGUCAGCAAUGCCAUACUGUUUCCUGUUGUGAAAGACCAGAACGGCCGACGUCAGUUCGGCAAAUUGAUCAGAUCACAGUAAACUCUUGUUGUUAGGUAAUAUAUUUUCUAGUUGCUCUCGCUGGCUUCAGUGUCCUUGGCACAAUACGUACACAUUAGCCUGCGUUUACAAAGGGAAUUAGCGACACUGGCUGAUGCUGUAAAGCCAAUAUGGCAGCAGAGACCAACUGGAAGAUCUAGCACAGAAACGGGCCACCUGAGAGAUUGCUUAAAUAAUGAUAGAAAUAAAAUAAAGGCUGUAAUAAAUACCCAGAAUUGCCUUUUAUUUGUUUGUGUAGGAGUAGAAGCUAGUGUUAUAAUUCAAAGGAAGCCUGGAUUCCACAGUAGUUUUAGUGUGUAUUUGUGUGUGUUUUGGUGGUACAGUCACAGUGCCCUCUCUGGCUGUGGAUACUGUAUUUUGAACACAAAGCUUAAUGGGGUGUGUUGCCUUUUUCUUACACAGUUGUUUGCAUAUAAACAUUGUCACUUUGGCCAAUCCUGUUUUUAAGUACAGUGCGAGUAUUUCCCUCAAGAUCAUGUUAUUUCAGAUGUUUUAACUUGCUGAAUGUAAAAUGACUUUAACUUGGAAGUGUAAUUGUAGGCUGUAUUAUUUAUAGAUUUGACAAGUGCAUUCACUAUACGGCUUUUUCAGUAUGCUACUUGCCUUGAUUCUUCAUUCCUUCCAAUGAGUACUCCUAUACUUCUAAUGCAACUCAAAAAACUCAAAAUGUGCAAAAUAACUGACUAUGUUCAUCACAUAAUUAUGACAAUAUUGUUGUGUUAGUGGAAUGCUUAUUUAUUGAACUGUCUAUCCUUGACAUAUAUAGUGUGACUUCAGUUUCCUAAAGUGGAAGAACAUAAAUGGUAAGGUCUAUAAGCACUAUCUUAGAAAGUAGGACUGCAUUAUAUUUACCAUUCUGCAUUGUGAAGAUUAUUGCAUCAACACUUGUUGGUAUUCUCAAAUAAAGUUUUUCAUUUGUGAA